UCGGCCAACAUGAGUUUCACGGUGGACCAGCACUUCUACGGCCAUGGCUCGUACCGCAAGGCUCGGCCAGCCCCCGUGUCCUCCAGCGGCUUUCAGUCCCAGCGCCGCCGCGUUACCUACAGCCAGCCGUCCUCCGCCGACAGCCUGGACAACUUCAGCGGGGACAUGACGCGGAGGAGCGAGAAGGAGGUCCUGCAGGCUCUCAACGACCGCUUCGCCGGCUACAUCGACAAGGUGCGCAACCUCGAGAUGCACAACCGCAACCUGGAGGCGGAGGCGGAGGCUCUGCGCCAGAGCCAGGCGGGACGCUCUUCUGUCGGGGAGCAUUACGAGCGAGAGCUAGGCGACCUGCGGGGUCUCCUGCAGCAGCUGACCGGGGAGAAGACCCGCGCUGCCCUGGAGCACGACCACCUGGAGGAGGACAUCCAGCAGAUGCGCGUCAGGCUGGAAGACGAGGCGCGCAAUCGGGAGGAGCUGGAGGCUGCAGCCCGCGCCAUGAACAAGUACGGAGAGGAGUGCCGCAUGGCGCGGCUGGAGCUGGACAAGAAGCUCCGCGCUCUGGAGGAAGAGGCCGUUUUCCUGAAGAAGAACCACGAGGAGGAGGUGUCCGAGCUGCUCGCUCAGAUCCAAGGUGCGGAGGUGAGCUUCGACAUGCGGGACUCGCUCAAGGCGGACGUCACCAGCGCACUGAGGGAGAUCCGCGCACAGCUGGACAGCCACGCAACCAAGAGCUCAACGCAUGCAGAGGAAUGGUUCCAAGUUCGUAUGGAGCGUCUGUCUGAAACCGCAAGGUCCAACCAUGAUGCCAUUCGCGGGUCCCAGGAAGAGAUUGGGGAUUACCGCCGUCAGCUCCAGAGCCGCACCAUUGAGCUGGAGACCCUCCGAGGAACCAAGGACUCACUGGAGAGGCAGCGCAUGGAGAGCGAAGACCGACACCACGAUGACCUCAACUCACUACAGGAGACCAUCAAUCAGCUGGAUAAUGAGCUGAAAAACACCAAGUGGGAGAUGGCCAGCCAGCUGAAAGAGUACCAGGACCUGCUGAAUGUGAAGAUGGCUCUGGAUAUUGAGAUCGCUGCUUACAGGAAACUACUGGAGGGCGAGGAGAAGCGCUUUGUGUCAGGAGGAGCUCCCUUCUCCUACCUUGAAGGUAGAUUCUCUGCCCACCUGAAGGUGAAACCAGAUGAGAUCUCAGACACAGUCAUCGUGGAGGAGCAGACAGAUGAGACCCAGGUGACAGAGGUCACAGAAGAGGCAGAUGAUGAAGAAAAGAAAGAGGACGAGGACGAGGCUGGAGAAGAAGAAGAGGAAACCAAAGAGGAGGAAGAAGAAGGUGAAGAAGGAGAUGAUAAAGACGAGGAUGGUGAAGGAGAGGAGGAGGACGAGAAGGAGGAGGAAAAUAAGGAUGAUGAGAAGGAAGACAAAGAGGAGGCAGAGGAGGAAGAGGAGAAAUCCAAAUCCCCUCAACCCAAAUCCCCUUCUGUCCAAUCACCAGAAUCUAAAUCUCCACAAAAAUCACCAGAAUCUAAAUCACCAGCUGCCAAAUCACCGGCAAUGACGCCUGGAGUUAAAUCCCCGGCAGGAGAUGAGUCAAACUCACCCGCACCUAAGUCACCUGUGUCAAAAUCCCCACCCAGCAAAUCCCCUGAGUCCAAAUCUCCUCUUCCCAAGACCCCUGAACCAAAGUCUCCAGAGAAAGAGAAGGUCAAGCCCAUCGCUGCCAAAGACACCCCUAAGGAGGAGAAGAAAGAUGAGAAGCCUCAGUCUGUCAAGGAGGAUAAGAAGGAGACAGAACAACCUGUGAAGGAGGAGAAGAAGCAGGAGCCCAAAGAGAAAGAGCCCGAGAGCAAGGCAGAGAAACCUGACGAAAAGAAAGAAAGCAAAGAUGAUGAAGCACCAAAGAAGGUUGAUGCUUCAAAACCUGCCACUCCCAGCAAGCCCGCAGAAAACAUACCGAAGUCUGAGGCUAAAGAGAGCACCCCCCCUGCUAAAGAGGAAAAACCCUCUGCUCCAAAAUCAGAGAAGACCGAGCCCGAGGUAAAGCCUGCCCCUAAAGCAGAGCCUGAGAAAACAGAGGGCAAGAAGGAGGAGAAGAAGCCAGAAGAGAAGAAGCCAGAAGAGAAGAAGCCAGAGGAGAAGAAGCCAGAGGAGAAGCCUGCUUCUAAACCUGAGCCUGAAAAAUCCGACAGCAAGAAAGAGGAGAAGAAGCCUGAGGAGAAAAGCAAGACGAGUAAAGAGGAGAGCAAGGACGUGAAGGAAGAAGGUAAGGCAGAGAAAUCCUCUGGCACUGAGUCAAAGGAGAGCAAGGAGGAGAAGGCCAAGAAGUAAGACUUGGAAAGCUGCGUUUCAGGGUUAGAGCGGUGGAGAUGCCAAAGACCUGAAGGAGGGCCGGGCAGAGGCUGGAGGCACCCAGCAGUUCAGACUGACACCGCAGUGUCCAAAACUAAGCAGGUCCUGGUAUGUAAGCAAUAGUGCUUUGUGUAGCAAAUAACCCCCUGCUCCCUAAGUAUGGCCAUUACACACCCCUGAUGCUUCUGAUGUAUGACUGUAGUGAAUGCAGAAUGCUCGUAACUCUUUAUCUGAAUGUGACGACUGCCCUUAAUAAAUAACAAGUGCAUUUAAACGGAAUCCCACUGACGGGGACUGCAGGGGCGUGCUGUACCUACACGAGCCUUCAAAAGGGUAGAGAUGUCAAAAACAAUGUCAAGUUAUAGAUUGUGACAGAAUAUAAAGAAAUGUAUAUUUACGGAGAUACAAAUGUCUAUAUUAUAUUAAUUACACACACGUCAGUAAGGAAGACUUGAAUUUUGCUUGUUGUGCACCUUAACGCAGCUUCUCCCCGAAAGGUGAACGGCAGCGUCUCACUCCUCUGGUCUGCAGCGCUAGGACAAUGAUGACUGUGCUAUGUAUAAACUGCUGAGCAUAUGCAAUACAGAAAAUAAAGAAUGAAAUAUA